AUGUCGGCCGUCGACAGCCAGAUCUGCUCCCGGUGCAACAGCACCGGCCACAGGGCCGCUCAGUGCCCGAAGAUGCCGUUCUACAAAACUUGCGAGUAUUGCAAGGUGGUCGGGCAUGGAGUGAAGGCCUGCCCGGUUUUGCAGCGCAAGGCCCUGGAAAAGGUCAGCAAGCAGAAGGAGGCAGAGAAGAAAGCUGCCAACGAUGCUUGCAGCGAGUCUGGAACAAGUACCACGGCCUCGUCCGAGAGAGCGUGGUGGCAGCGAGGGGCAAAGAAGGGCAAGUCGAGGACAGCAUGGUCAGAGUGGCAUCCGGAGCAUUGGGUGCUGAGUGAAGAUGAUGAGCGGGAGGCUCGCAAGCUGGAGAAGAAGCUUCGCGAGAUCGCUGCCCUCGAACAGCUGGUAGAGCAAGGGAAGCACCUGGAUUCACUUCAGCUGCAAAAGGUGGAUCGGAGGAGUGAGAUCGAGUCUCAUGAGGUGCUGCGCAAAGUUGCGCCUUGGUUACCAGCGGAUCGCUCUGCCGGCUGCUUCCUAGUAGCUCCCUUGCGCACUUUGGUGGGCGCAUCGGAGGGCAAUGUACAGUGUACAGCUUACCACCNNAGUACAGUGCUGCCUACGAUAGUCUGGAGAGUUGCCUUGUGCGUAACUCUGUGUGCUGGCGGCAGCAAAAUCACAUCCUACCAUCUGACACUAUUUCGUGACACAGAGAAGCGAUGUUCCAUAUCAUGGGGCUUUGUUUGGGGCUCUUCGGCUACUGUAGGGCUUCUUAAAUUCAAGGGCUGCCGGAGAAACUGCUUACAGGAACUUGACAUAUUGUGA